GACACGCUCCCAAGCAGCGCUCCAAGCAGCAUCCAUGCAGAUCGUGUACAACGCUUGACAAACAUAAUAACAGGCUAGCGGUAGGAUGCUGGUAGGAUGGCAUAAUGGCUGGGUAGAGAUUGAAGUGUCCCUGUCUUGUUGAUUUUUUCCCCCAUAUAUAUCAACGAUAGAAAUGUGAUACAUUACUAUGCAAUAAUUGAGAUGUUCAUGUUAUGCUCGCUUAUUGUUAAAAAGUACUUGAACAUACUUUUUCGCUAGCUAUGGAUGAAAUAGCGGUACCUAUUUCAUGGUUUCGACAGUCUGAGGGUCAAGAUUCCUUGGCAGUUGAUCCUGUAUAUGUACGAGAUGGGGAGCUAACAACAGCAACAGAUCCUACAUUGCAGGGUAACAAACAAUCUCCCACUGUUGCUGUUUACUUACUCCAGUUUUAUCCUGUGACACAAGCAUGCGUACAACCUUGUGUCACCACAACUUCCAAUGGUCACCAAUUAACAACUUCUGCUGUUAUACCUCAAGUUUCAAUUCAGCAGCCCACUAUCAAUGGAUCUUGUUUUGUCUCUCAAGCGUCACAAGUGUGCCCAACUAAUCAAAAUGUAGACGCCAUAUCCUUGGAAGGGAAACCUACCACUCUGAAGCUGGAACCUCUCUGCCUUUUUGCAGAACAACAGGAAAUCAAACAAACAAAUCAGUGUCUUGCGACUCAGGACAACCUAGUGCCAACAUGUAAGGUGCCAUUGGUCCAGAAGUGGAAAGAUGAGGGGAACACGAGAGAACAUCCCAUUACUAUUGUCACCACAGGGCCUCAAGAAAAUUCCGUGCACUUGCAACAAACCAAUCAGGCAACACAAGUCACUUCAGGAACUCUGUCAGUUCAUUCUGUCAGUAAUUCCAACCCAACAUACUCUACAGAAACAUUUCACACCAUAGAUCAUGUUGUAAGGACACAGCCUGGAGAGAAACCAUAUUCGUGCAAUGUGUGUGGGAAAGUUUUUGCGAGAGCACACAAUCUGAAAGCUCACAGUCAGACCCAUAGUGGGGCUCUGCCAUUUCCUUGCAAGAUAUGUCGUAAGUCUUACUCACAGGAAGCCUACUACAGGAUACAUUCUGAGAUUCUCUCAGGAGGCAGACCGUACACUUGUGAAGUCUGUAGCAAAGUCUUCUGUAACUCAAGAAGCUUCAACUUUCAUGUGCGCUCACACUCCAGGAGGAAGUGUAUCACAUAGACUGGAAAAGCACUUGAAAUUCAUGGACUAAGGGGAACAAAUUUAAAAACAUUCCCUGUCAGAAAAUGGAAAGUUUUUAUAAAACAUUUCUUCUGUCAAAUUUAGCUACAAUGUGAAAGGUUAUGUAAGACUUUUUCGAAGAAUCUUAAUAGAUAUGCAGUAAGAUGAAGCUUGAGCUUCAAAAACCCAGCAUACUUGUUUUCUUUGAGUGAAUCUCAUGUUUAAAUUUGCUCCCUUCUGAUCUUGAGGUCUGGGUUUUCCUGUAAAGGAGCAAGUCCAAACCGGUAUUAUAAUAAAAUUUUGUUAGAGAAAGGAAUGUUUGGUCCUCUAAACAGAUAUUCAUAAUUGUACAUAUGUUUUUAUGAGACACUAUUGUAGAAAACUAAAGUCUGAAGUGAAAGUGAACAAUAUGCAGAUUUGUACUUGUAGAUUGUUGUGUUCAUUAUGUAGUGCAGGAUACAGUCGUAUUCAAACUACAUCUGGCUACAUGCAACCUGCCAAUUGUGUAUGUAUGUGAGUGAGCAUGAGGUUUUGUGUGUAUGUAGUUGCAUGUAGAGGUGCAUGAAUAUGCAUGCGAGUCUAUUUUAACAUCUAUGCACAUAUUGCUAAUAUGCUAAGACAGAACUGAGAAAAAUGUUAGUUUUGCAAGAGAUGCUUGUGAAAGUAGUGGACCAAUAAUCUCUCAUAAUUCCAAGCGCAUUUCAUCACCAAUUUUUAUUAGUCACAUUUUUAAAGUUUACUUUUCUGUCUUUUCUAAAAGAUGGACUUGAUAUUGCUUUAUUUCCUGUGACUAACAUAAAGAUAAUUUAUUUUUUAUCUGUCAUUAUUAUAAAUUAUUGGAUUGUAUAUUUGAAAGUGCAUAUAGGGUAUUACAUUUUUCAUUCAAGGAAUUCAGUUCAGUAGCAGUACUCCAGAAAAAAAAAUCAGAAAUUAUGCUAAGUUGUAAUUACUGUAAAUCAAAUUUACAGACGUGGAUAUAAGAAAAGAUGCUAAGUUGUACGUACUGUAAAUUGAAUUUACUGAUGCUGCCUUUGUAGACUUGUUAACAUUUAGCCAAUGGCUAAUUAACUUUGUUAAAGUGCAAUUGGUGCUGUAUUAAGUACAGGUGAUGUACAUAAUUCUAUUUUGAAUUAUUUGUACCUCAAGUGACUAAAAGUCACCAGAAACAAUUAGCCAUCUUCUAUGUUAAAAGAACAUAGAAGAUACAUGCCCCAUUUUUUAUUAUUUUUUUGUAUUUCGAUCUUAAGGAAGGAUGUUCAUGAUAAGUAAAACUGUAACACCUUGGAGACAAUAUUUGAUUAAUCUUCUCUAAUAUAAUUUAAUAUCCUAUACUUGAUGUACAAAAGGAGGGUGAAAGCUGUACCUGUACAGUUCAACUCAUUACUUUUGCUUACUUAAACAUCAAAUAUACAUUGGUAAUGGGAAUGAGGAAGGAGUUAAGAGGCCAUGUAUCUAAUAAAUGAUCUGCACAUGGAUCUUAUUAUUAUAUUUAAUUCUAGUUAUUGCCGGUAUGUUAAUACUCAUAAUUAAAUUCAAAUUUUGUUAUAAAUCAUGUGCUUUAAUGAAAAACAUUGAUUCAGAUUAAAUUUUUUUUAUUUAAUUUUACUGUGGUUAAUCAUGUCUAUUGUUCCGUUUUCUUUUUUCUCAAACUUCUCUCAUCAGAACGCUUGUAAAUCACAAUAAUUUGUAAUAAUACCAAAUUUCUACUUGCUUUUCCUUGUGAUGCAAGUUUCCUGUAUCACAGUAAAACAACUAAAAUUC